AUGCCGAGGACGGGAACGACGCGACGGCCGCGCGAGGCGACGGGGGAGGGAGAGACGGCGGCGCUCGAGGAUGGGCGUCGAGGUCGAGCGAGCGAGGAGACGACGACGACGACGACGACGACGGGGGCGACGACGACGACGGCGACGACGGCGGUGAAGCACGAUAAGUUACUCGUGCUCGAUCUCAAUGGGUUAUUCAUCGAUCGACGGAUGCGACGGUAUCGACGAGGCGGACGAGGCGCGGCGGCGGCGGCGGCGGCGGCGGCGGCGGCGAGCGACGCGGAGGAGGCGACGGAGCCGAACGUCGAGGACGCCGUCCCGACGACAGAGGAUGAAGUCGUGGAGAGCGCGCGCGUGGGGAAUUAUUACGUGUACGAUCGACCGCACAUGCGCGAAUUCAUCGCGUGGGCGCACACAAAGUUUGAGGUUGGCGUGUGGUCGAGCGCGCAAGAGAGGAACACGAGGAAACUUGUGGAUUACGUCUGGGGUGAGCACAGGAACAAGGUGGCGUUCGUGUGGGGACAAGAGAGGUGCUUGAACGUCGGUGUCGCGCCUUCAGAUUCGCCGGAGGGGACGACGUCGCGCCCAAUAUUUCUAAAGGAGCUGCAAAAAGUGUGGUCGCUGAAGAAAAAGACGGGACUAGCUCGAUUCAACGAGACGAACACGCUUCUCAUCGAUGACUCGCCAUACAAGGCGAUUCGUAAUCCAGCGCACACCGCCAUUCAUCCGCGCGGAUUCACCGCGGAGGAACUGGACACGGACGAGAUGUUGGGGAAAAGCGGAGCCCUACGGCGAUACCUAGGGGAAAUGCUCGAAUCGACGUCGAUUCCAGACUUUGUCCGGGCAAAUCCAUGGCAAGGUGGGAUUAUCACCCCUGAGCAGGAAGAAGAGAUCGUAUCCGCAAAGGCCGCGUACGUCGCGGCCAAGGAGAAGGCGGACGCUCUCCUCCUGGCGCUUCGCGACGAUAACGAGAUAGACCUAGACGACAUUUGA